AUGAACUUAAAUUCUGCAUUUUUGGUGUGCAAUUGGUUUGGUGCAUUUCCUAUUGUAUACAAUAAAAAUAAUCGGUCGUUCUCAAUGUCAAAAUUUGGCCUGUUGUUCACAUUCAUACAUGUCGCGAUUGUCGGGCUACAAAUACACACGCAUUUGACGAUGCUAUUUUUCGGUGCUAUAAAGAAAACGUCGGCAGUCACGUCUAUCGUGUUGAGCACAAACGGGCUUGGAUUGCUGUGCAUUUUAUUGAGAAGAAUGGCGUUUGUGAGGGACACAGUUAGAUGUUACAACAGUUUGUCCGAAUGGCCAGUGGAAAGGCCGGUACGAAAAUCGUCAAUUAUAAUUCUGUACGCCAGCACAGUGGCAGUACUAAUCGAAUUCGUCGGAGAUAACAUCGAUAGACGCAUGAAAAACAAGCCCAUGAAUUUGGACAACAUUACUACCUAUGCGUUUUUGGGAUUCGAAAUGCAACUUAUUCACACGUUCCACGUGAUUGGUCGGUUGUACAGCGAUUUGAACAAUUACGUCGAGUCGGGCCUAAUCGACGACUUGGAACGGAUACGUCAAUCUCGACAACGGAAUCUCGUGUUGUACACGUUUUGCAAAAAGUUCAAUUCGCACUACAAUAUAGACUUGAUCAUACUCUUGUCGUGCUACCAACUGUACGUGCUGUUGGUGCUGUUUAAGCUCAUGAACAACAUGGCCACGAGUAUUGCGACGGAAAAUUUUUCUUACCACUUUGUAAACCUGAAAGUUAUUAUCAGAAUAAUACGUAUGACAAGAUUAUUUAUGGUUUUUAUUUACCUAAUUGAGUCAAGUUCUUAUUUACACAACAAGAGCGUUUUUACAUUUUAUCAUAUACUACGCAAUAGAGUGAAUUGUCUGAAGCAUCAAACCAAAGAACAGGUUUAUUUGUUUUUGAAUGAACUGAAUGCUACAGAAGUAAAUAUAUCAGCGAAUGAUUGUUAUGACGUUAAUAAAAAGUUUUUAUAUUCUGUGUCUAGUUCUAUUGUUGGGUUCAUCGUACUGGUUGUAUCUUUUUUGUGUAAUCGAUUCUAAAGUAAGUAUUAUAUGUACAUUUUAACAUUUAUUACAAUUUUAUGACAAUAUUUUUUUUCACAUAUUUUUUACAUCAACAACUGAUACUUAUACAAUUAUUUGCAUUUAUAUUUAUGUACCAAGGUAUAGGUAGGUACAUUAUAAGC